UCAGCGUUUGAUGAAUUCAAGUUGAAAAGAAAGUUCCUCACGCCCGCGUUCCUCACGCCCGAGUUUGUUUAAGCCUUAAGCUAUUUGUAUCGUUUUAUUAAGAAAGAAAAUCAAUACAAAAUCAGAUAAGAUUCUCUCUGCUUCUUCUUCAAUUCUUCAAUGUUCAAAUUGAAAUCGUUAUUCAGGUCUAUGGAUGGAUGGUUUACUCCCCAAUUCCCAAUUGAUUUUGAGAGAUAUCCUCAACAUCCUUUAGAUCAGCCCCUCCCUGAGACAACUCAACCAGUCUCUUCUUUUUCAUAUCAAGUGUUUUUGAGUUUUAGAGGUGAGGAUACACGCACCAAUUUUACAGAUCAUUUGUACAAGGCUUUGUCUGAUAAAAAGAUCCACACCUUCAUUGAUCGAGAGCUUGUAAAAGGAGAAGAAAUAUCGUCAGCUCUUGUCAAAGCAAUUGAAGAAUCAAGAAUUUCUCUCAUUGUAUUCUCUGAAAACUAUGCAUCUUCGAGGUGGUGCUUGGAUGAACUUGUCAAGAUCCUUCAAUGUAAACAAUCAAACCAACAAAUAGUUUUGCCCAUUUUUUACAAGGUAAAUCCCUCAGAUGUGCGAAAACAAACAAGUAAAUUUGGUGGCGCAUUUGAAGGCCAUAUUGAAAGCAAAUUCAAAGAUAACGAGGAGAAAGUGCUCAAAUGGAGGAGAGCUCUUACGGAAGCAGCAAAUUUGUCUGGAUGGCAUUUCAAGGAGGGAGAUUAUGAAGUUAGAUUUAUCGACGACAUUGUCGAAGGAAUUUUAAGCCAAGUACAACGAGUACGAGAUGUGGCCACAUACUGCAAUGUGGCCAACCACCCAGUUGGAAUCGACUCUGAUUUACAAGAUGUGAAAAAGCUUUUAGCUAGUGGCAAGAAAAGUGGCGUUUACAAGAUUCGAAAGCCGACCGGGGUCUCAUACAUUAAACUGCACGUGGAGCCCAAAGCCGACCUUUGCCCACAAGUUCAGUAGAAAAUCUCGCGUUUUCAUAGUUUCUUAAUGUUUAUAUUGCAUUCUUUGUCUUUAUAUUGCAUUCUUAAUGUUUGCAUUAA